AUGCCGUUCGAACGUCAAGCUAGAAAAUACGGAUGGAGCGCCAUGGAAAGAGUGGACAGGCUACAUGAGUGUUUGAGAGGAGCUGCAGUGCGGUAUGUCUGUUCAUUACCAGAACGUACAAGGGAAGAUUAUGUCCUCCUGGUCAAGCAACUCACUCAACGUUUUGGGAAAAAAGACCCCCCAACCACAAUAAGAAGAAAGAUAGGGGAGCUCCGGCAAGCACGAGAGACAUCAGCUGAGUUUGCAGAGGAGGUGCGAUGCCUUAUCACACUUGCUUAUCCAGGGGUGGAUCUCCAGCUGCAAGACCAACUAGCAACUGAUGCUUUCCUCAAGGGAUUACGAAACCAAAAGGUGGCUUAUGAAGUCAUGAAUCGUGACCCAGGCUCCUUCGUUGAGGCCCAAAAGUUUGUGGAGGCCCAUGAACAUAACUUCAAAGCCACCGUGGGCCGUGACACUGAAGUUAAGAACAGAGCAAGACGCAUCUCAUGGGUUGAUGAAGGAGACUUAUGUGAGGAUACUGCUACAAUGUCCCGCAGAGUCCAGACCCCCCAAGAAUGGCCCUACCAAAAGGAGCAUGUCUCGGAGUCCUCGUCGAAGUUCAUCCCGAACCCCCAUGUCAGUCAAAGUACAGUACCUCGCUAUACUAAUGACAGUGGUCCAUCGCUGCUGGUUGGGAGAAUAGCAACAGCCUUUGACAUUCCCGAACACCUCCAUGGCCUGGUCGCUGCUACAAGUGAGGCUCUCAAUGAGGAACAACAACAGCGGUUCAUUCAGCUACUGCUCACAUACCAAUCCGUCUUUGCCAAAAAUGACUCUGACCUUGGUUACAUGUCCGUUGUUACGCACAAGAUCGACACUGGAUUAUCUAGGCCUGUACGCCAGCCUGUGAGAAGAACUCCUCUGGGAUUUCAAGGUGAAGAGGAGGCACAUCUUAAAGCCAUGCUGGAAGAGGGUGUAAUCACACCAUCGGCAUCCGAAUGGGCCUCUCCAGUGGUCCUAGUACGCAAAAAGGACGGGGGAGUGAGGUGGUGUGUAGAUUAUCGCAGUCUGAACAGUCUAACCAUUAAAGACGCUUAUCCACUACCCCAGAUUGAAGAGUGCCUAGAUGUUAUUGGUGGAGCUACAAUGUUCUCUACCCUCGAUCUUCAGUCUGGUUACUGGCAGAUUGCAGUGGAUAGCAAGGAUCGUGAGAAGACGGCUUUCAUCACCAAAUGGAGCCUUUAUGAAUAUACCAGAAUGCCAUUUGGACUCUGUAACGCCCCGAGUACGUUUCAAAGAGCGAUGGAGCUCGUCCUCAGAGGGCUUCAGUGGGAAACCCUUCUCAUCUAUCUUGAUGACGUCAUUGUCAUUGGCAAUGGGGUGGACCAGAGCUUGGAUCGGCUUGAGCAGGUUUUCCAGAGGUUCCAGAGCUAUGGACUAAAACUAAAGCCAUCAAAAUGUCACCUGUUACAAGAAGAAGUUCUCGUCCUUGGACACAUUGUGAGUGGCAACGGAGUUGGACCAAAUCCUGCUCUUGUCAAAGAUGUACAGCAAUGGAACCCCCCCAACAACCUACAAGAGCUGCAGGCCUUCCUUGGGCUAUGUAACUAUUAUCGCAAGUUUGUCCCAAGUUUUGCAGAGCUGGCAAGCCCCCUCCAUAAUCUUCUCAAAAAGGGAACAGUGUUUCAAUGGACUGACGAGCACCAAGCUGCUUUUACUAUGCUCAAAGAAAAGCUGACCACCGCACCUGUGUUGGGGUAUCCCCGUACUGAAGGAAAGUUCAUUCUGGAUACAGACGCCUCAAACAACAGUGUCGGAGCAGUCCUGUCGCAGAUCCAGUGGGGAGAAGAGAGAGUUCUGACCUAUGCCAGUAGCCACCUGUCCCCAGCUCAACAAAGGUACUGCGUCACUCGUCGUGAAUUACUCGCUGUUGUUCGCUUCACACGCCAGUUCCGCCACUAUCUACUGGGCAGGAAGUUCCUACUACGGACCGACCAUGGCAGUCUCACCUGGCUUUUCCGUUUCAAGUGCCCUGAAGGACAGCUAGCUCGUUGGCUGGAAGAGUUGAGCCAAUAUGACUUCCACAUUGAGCAUCGGGCUGGUAAGCAGCAUGCUAAUGCAUAUGCCCUAUCAAGGCUGCCAAACAACAUGGACAAAUGUGACUGUUACCAGGCAGGGAUAAAUCUGUCAGAUCUGCCAUGCAAAGGGUGCAGGUACUGCUGGAAAGUUCAUGAACAGUGGGCCAAGUUCGAAGAAGAUGUGGAUGAUGUUGUGCCACUAGCAGUAAGGUGCAUUGAGCCCCAAGGCAACGCAAAUGUUGAUGGCACGCAGCCGGUUGAGAGUCAGCCAUCUGCACCUUUGCCAGAGACCCCCGAAGUCAACUGGCUUGAGUCCCUUAGUCCCGAGCAGCUGGCAACAUUGCAGAAAGCAGAUUCUGUUCUCGCUACUCUUCAUACAUGGAAGGAAACAGGGACACUCCCCACCAAAGAUGAAGUAAUGCUGGAGGGCCCUGCUGUGAUGGCCCACGUAUGGACACUGCUCAACCGCUGUCCAUACCCGAGCCAGAAGCCGCAACACAGUGUGUUAUCCUGA